AUGCCAACCGGAAGUCUCGAAGAGGACCCGGGCGUGUUAAAAAGCGGUGUCAUCACCGCGCUAUGGCCACCAUCGAAAUCCAAAAAGAGCUACUACGCCGUACUCGUCGAGCGGGCCCUCGAGCUGCACGAGAGCGAGAAGAACUACCGGCACAAGAAGAAGGCCGCCAAGCACACGAUUGAUCUCUCUGUGGCGUUUAAUGUGCAUACAGAUCAUUUCGACCCAAAAUUGAAGCGAUGCAUGAGUCUGACAGGUCCCGACGACACCCUGCUGAUAAAGGCAGAGAACGACCAGGCGACUGAUGAGUGGUAUUCUGCACUCCUCGAUGCAACCAUCCCGGCGAGGGCCACACGGCUGGGUCGUCCGGUUCAGGCUUUGGAAUUUUUCGAAUAUGUUUGGGACGUCGAAGUGGUCGCUCAACCGAAAUUCAAGAAACCAUUGAAGCCGGAAGAACGGAAUAUUUGUGAAAAGACACCUGGACUGGCCGGGCCGAAACGUCUGUGCUUCUACGCACAUACGAUAAUCCUCUGCAAACGACGCAUCGAACCUGCCACUCAUAAUUUGCCAAACUCUUGUGUUCCACCAUUUUCCAUGGACGAUUUUUUGGAACUUUCGCGACAAUACAUCGCUACCUUCGGAUGCCACGAAAAAUUCUUCAUGAUCAAAAUGGGACGCGGGAGCACGAUGGGUGCGUGUGAACUUUGGGCACAAUGUGAGAGUGAAGAAGUUGCCCGAGACAUCUACGCCAAACUCAACUGCAUCAUCGAACGUGAAGCCGAGAAAAAGAAGAAGCUCGGCAACGGCCCGGUCAUCCAGCAACUACCCUUCCAAUCAUCUCGUCACUACCGAGACCGCCUCAACACCGAGCCGAACAAGCCGAAGACCAGCGGCAGCUUUUCCAGCACAUACCGGGACAGGCGUGUCGGAAGCCCAUCGUCCUUCAACGGCUCUAUCGGCUCACGUAAACCAUCGAAUCCCGGAUUUUACGAUGGUGAGAAGCCGCGUCAAGCUUAUGGAUACGACAAUCCGUUCGUCGCUCGUGCCGUUGGGGCCGGGCCUUCUGGACGAGGGAUGGGAAGCUUUGGAUCGAUUCCGGGAGGGAAAGGACCAUCACGCCGACCAUCGGAAGAAGUCAGCCGUAAAAACACGCCCCGAGAUGGGAAACCAAUCGGUCUCGAAGCACUCGUACGACUCCAGCCAACCUCUUCCCAAUCAACCAUGGAAGAAACUGAAGACAGUGGUGGUACGCUGAGAUUGGAGACCGGAAGUACAAGAGACCCGGACACAAUAUCGAACAACAGCAAACGAUCAUUCGCCGUUGAGGCUAUCAUUGAGCGACGUCAACCGAGCACAUCUGAAGAUACCGACAUUGAGGGCACGUCAAGUUGUAGCAGUACAAUGGGAGUGCAGCCGGCUGAAGAUUACGCCCAAAUGGAGGCAGCCGAAUGGAUGGUAGAUGGAACAACAUACCUAAAGCCUAAAGACCGUCAAUUCCAUUUGGAUGAAGUUCGCAGCUACGUAUCCGAUAGUUCUGAUAGCUGCUAUUCCAGUAUGGCCAACAACCCCGGGGCUACAUUAAACAAGCCAGGCCACCAACCCCCGAGGGCCUACUCGUUCGGUGCCCGAACGGUCCCCCAAGCAGCCAAAGAACUCGGAGUAUCAAGCGGUGGCCAAGUGACCUCUGCUGAUUCUGGAGCUUCCCUCGAAAGUGCUUCAAAGGAGGCUCUCGCUCGUUCCGGCCUACUUGCUCCCCAGGACACUGCCGACCCACGCCAACGUGCCUUCUCCCUGGGCAGCAAGAAUCUAUUUAUCCGGCCAUUAAGGAAGCUCAGCCAGCAUGCCAACCGCUCCACACGGCACUCACAGACCACGGCGUCUGGGGCGUCGCUGGCGAGCAGCAGCAAUGCGAGCAGCACUGGGCAACCGACGGCGUCGAGCAGUACGCAUCAGAUCAGCUACAGCAACAUUUCGGCCGCAGAACCUGAAGGGCGGAACCGCUCUGGAUCUUUUGGAUCUGGGAGAUCGACUCCUUUCAACAAGCGAGGAGGAUCGGUCGGCGGAUCUGGAGUUGUCGAACGUGGACCACAAUCUCACGACCAUUUGGUUGAGAUUGAUUUUGGAGGUGGAGUCGGAUACACGGGCAGCGGAUCUGUGCACAGCAUCGACAGUCCUAGCCGAUCCCGAGCUUCAUCAAUUGGUACCAAGAAUGAAGUGCAGUCCCCAGCUCAACCACUACCGCCAGGACAAACUAUCGUGACUGUACAGCAGCUACCCGCAACACCCCAGCAAACGGCUCUUCCCCCACUUCCGGAGCCCGUCAAAGAAUCGCCAGAGUCGAAGCUGUCCCCUGAACCGCAGAGCCCGAAACGUGAAGAAGCACCUCCGCUUGAAGAACGUGCUUCGAAGCAACAAGUACCACCUGCUUUGCCGCCAAAAACGAAUCUACCUACUCGUAAUGCCAGCAAGAGCCAUCAUGAGCUGAAAGUGCGACAGGGGAAAGAUUACGGCGACUACGUACCGACUCAAAUCAACGACCCAGCGGUCUUUGUCCAAGCCGGUGCUGCAGAAGAAGUGGCCGCAUUGGUCGGACAGCCCCACCCAACCAGCAUGCCCAUCGAACUAAACCGACAAGCUUUCGAAACAAUCCAAGAAACAGCUAGUGGCAAUAACUCCCGAGCUUCCUCCAGAACGUCACUGAACAAAUUGUGCAUCAAUGAUGAUGAGGACAGUUAUGCUAUGAUGGAAUCCCGGGAGCGGGAGGUCGAACGAGCAGUGGCGCGAUCGCCAUUCGCUCCUAGCCCUAGGGAGCGGAGCAAUAGCAGAGAUCGAGGAGGACAUCAUGCGAGAACCCCGAUUUCUGAUGAUAAUGAUGACUACGUCGGCUUCAUUGCUAGCUCCCGUAACUCUACAAACGAUCCGACCUCGGUAGAUGACCAUCGACUCACAAUCUCCCCAGCUGUCACCCGAGCUUUUGUCGCAAAGCCACAAGGCCAAAUGACAGCACCAAGUGAUGCUCUCUGCAAGGCCAGCUCGGUGCCUUUGCAGAUGAAUGAGGGUGUCUCAGCCUCUGGGAUUAAUUACGCUAUGCUACAGGUCAACCCUGAAGCAAAAUCUCAAUCCUGUCAACCGCGACGCUCUCGCUCUCGGAGCGGGGCGAGCCCGACACGUUUCGGCUCUCGUACGUCAUCUGCGGUCCCCACCAGCCCGCCUGAAGAUAGGCCUGAAUAUACCAUACUUGAUCACAGUCAAUCC